UUCCAGCGGCGCACCGCGCCCGACGCAAUUCGCACGCCAGUGUCACUACAGUUUACUGCAAGUUAUUCAGUGGGUGGACAAAAUGGUGUACAAUUUCAAAGUGUUUAAAAAGUGUUCCCCGAACGGAAAGAUCACGCUGUAUAUGCCGAAACGGGACUUUGUUGAUCACAUCUCUUAUGUUGAACCGAUAGAUGGCAUCGUGGUGGUGGACGAGGAGUACGUGCGCGAGCGGCGCGUGUUCGCGCAGGUGGUGUGCACGUUCCGCUACGGGCGCGAGGAGGACGAGGUCAUGGGGCUCUCCUUCUACAAGGAGCUGUACCUCGCCUCCGAGCAGGUCUACCCGCCGCUGCAGAAGCGCCCUGGGGACCUCACGCGCACGCAGGAGCGCCUAGUGCGGAAGCUCGGUGAGAACGCGCUGCCGUUCCGGCUGAGCCUGCCCGCCGGCUCGCCGGGCUCGGUGACGCUGCAGCCGGGCCUGGAGGACGAGGGCGAGCCCUGCGGCGUGCACUACUACGUCAAGCUGUUCGUGGGCGAGACGGAGAUCGACCGCACGCAUCGCAGGAGCACGGUGGCCCUGGGCAUACGCAAGGUGCAGUUCGCGCCGGACAAGCCCGGCCCGCAGCCCUGCACCGUGGUGCGCAAGGACUUCGUGCUGUCGCCCGGACAGCUGGAGCUGGAGCUGACUCUCGACAAGCAGCUGUACAUCCACGGCGAGACGGUGGCCGUGAACAUCAGCAUCCGCAACCACAGCAACAAAGUGGUGAAGAAGAUCAAGGCCAGCAUCCUGCAGACCGUGGACGUGGUGCUCUUCCAGAACGGCCAGUACCGCAACGUCGUCACGGGCGUCGAGACGCAAGAUGGAUGCCCGCUGCAGCCGGGCGCGAACAUGCAGAAGGUGGUGCAGCUGCGGCCCACGCUGGGCGGCCUGCGCGACCGGCGCGGCAUGGCGCUCGACGCGCAGCUCAAGAGGACGGAGACCACUCUCGCCUCCACCACUCUCUUGCUGGACCCGGAGCAGCGUGACGCGUUCGGCAUCGUGGUGAGCUACAGCGUGAAAGUGAAGCUGUACCUGGGCGCGCUGGGCGGCGAGCUCAGCGCCGAGCUGCCCUUCAUACUCAUGCAUCCUAAGGAGGGGCGCGGGCGGCUGGUUGCGGCGGACAGCGAGGUGGACGUGGAGAUGUUCCGCCAGGACACCGUCAUGCACCAGGAGAGCGUCGAGGUCUACUAGCAGUACACCGCCGCCCGACUCGCCCACCCACUCAACACUUGUGAAUAAAUAUCCCGAAUAUUCCUGACUAUCACGUUAUAUAUUAUUGCUAUUUUUUAAUUAAUUUGUCAUAAAUAAUUAUUAAUGUUAGUUAAAUUAUUAUUGAAUAUAAUUGAUGUUGUUAUUAUUACUUAAGUUCUUAUAAGUUAAAUUGUAGAUAGGUAGCGUUUGUUUUUUGUUUACGAUAGGUUACGUUUAAACUGGAUCUCAAAAUAGUGAAUUAUUAUUUUAUAUGAUUGAGUAAUAUUAUAAUGUAUGUAAUUGUAGUAUACUAUAUUAUAAUAGUCAAGUAAUAUUGUAAUUUAUUGAACGACUACGACGAUUUAAUUUAAUAUAGGUAUUUAUUUUAUGGAAACAGUACAAUAAUUAAAUGACAAAGAUUUCAUUAAGGAUAAAUACUCGUAAGAGGAAGAGAAGCAAGUGUUAGCUGUUAAUAAUUGUUAUGUGUGUACAGUGCUUAUCUGUUUAUAAUAAUUUAAUGUUAUUAUCUGUAAGUUACAUUAGUUUUGAAGUUUAGAAACCGAAAAUGUUACAGUAUAAUAUGUAUAUUGUAAUAAAAAAUAUUUUGCUGAUCAAGUUUCAA